AUGGCCAAGGGGAAAGCAAAAGGUCAAAAAGGGAGGAAGAUCACCUUGAAAAUUGCCAAAAAUUCCAUCCGGAUAUCUUUUGAUGGAGGGCGCCGUCUUGACUUAAGCAAGAUGGGUAUUACCACCUUCCCCAAGUGCAUUCUGAAACUGGCUGAUGUGGAUGAACUUGAUUUGAGCAGAAACAUGUUAAAAAAGAUUCCAAGUAGCAUCCAGAAGUUCCAGAAACUGCGUUGGCUGGACCUGCAUAGUAAUCAGCUCGAGGAGCUGCCUGAGGCAAUAGGUACGCUUCAGAACCUUUUCUACUUGAAUAUAUGCAACAACAAGCUGACCACCAGAAAUCUGCCAGAAGAGUUGAACCUUCUCAAGAACCUGCGUAUUCUCAACCUUGGCUUGAACUGUCUUGACAGUAUUCCCACUAGUCUUGGGGCCCUGAAGGAACUUAAGGAGAUAGGUCUCUUUGACAAUGCCUUGACCACCAUCCCAAACAGUGUGAAAAAGCUCCCCAAGCUCAAGAAACUGAAUGCAAAAAGAAACCCUUUCCCAGAUUCAACAAAGGAAGAGCAGCAUUCUGACUCCAUCAAACGCAUAGAAACACUUUACUUAGUACAAGAGAAAGACCUGUGCUGUUCCUGCCUGAAGAUGUGUCAGGAUGAGAAGGACAAGCUGAACGAGUUAAAGAACGUGACACCCAGCCCCUCAAAGAAGCCAAGUUUCCCUUUACUCCUCACACCCAAUUCCUCUGCAAAGGAUAAUCAAGAAGAAUGGAGAUUAAGAGGCAAACAUCCCUGA